AUGGAGGAAUUUAGCGGUUGCAUUUGCCACUUUCUUAGCACGCUGAUUGGCGGGGUACGAAGCGCCAUCACGAAUGCAGAUACGCUCUCCAUGCCAACAGAUUUAGGAAAUGUGGCUGGGGGGGCCGGUGGCACUGGCGGCGCCUUGGCGGCUGCGCCUCAGCCUGCAACGGCUGAGAAUGGCGGAAUGGCGCCAGCACAGGUCGCCGCCCUGAUCGUUCUCCUCAUCGUCAUGGUUCUCACUUUCCUUCAAAAUUCGACGUCAAGCAUUCAGACGACGAAGCGACGGAACGUGGGUCGGCCGGACGACGGGAACGAUUCGGGCGGAGGGGGUCGCCCAGGCCCUUCAGUUGCUUAG